AUGGCACAAACAGUCGUCAUUCUCGGCGCGGGUUGGGCCGGCUUGCCCCUCGCCCACAAGCUGCUCAAGUACACGGCGCCCAAGACUGCCCUCAAGGUCAUCCUCAUCACGCCCAACAGUAACUUCUUCUGGAACGUUGCCGCUACACGCGGCCUCAUUCCCGGCGAGAUUCCCGACGAGCAGCUUUUCCGACCCAUUGCGCCAGGCUUCGACAGGUAUCCGGCAGGGGCCUUUGAGCUCGUGCUCGGUCGCGCGGAGGGUAUCGACGAGUCGGCCAACACUGUCAAGAUCGUUACCAACGCCGGGGAGGCACAGGACAUCUCAUACACACAGCUUGUCAUCGCUACAGGUUCAAGGAUCAGCAGCGGUUUGCCGCUCAAGCCUAUCGGCAACGAUCAGGUUACACUUGACGCGUGGCACGCCCUGCAGAGGCGCGUGGGCGAUGCCAAGUCCGUCGUCGUCGCCGGCGCUGGGCCGACCGGGGUUGAAGUCGCCGGCGAGCUGGCCGCCAAGUACGGGUCGGCAAAACCCAUCACUCUCGUUGUCAGCGGAAGCAAGCCUUUGGACGGCGGCAGCGACGGCCUCAGUCCUUCGCUCAUCGCCACCGUCGACAGCGAUCUGCAGGAACUCGGCGUCAGGCUUGUGCGCAAUGCGCGCGUCGACAAGGACGAGGCGGACCCCAACGACAAGGAACGCCGAAUAUUAACUCUGUCGGACGGCUCGGCACUCAGGACAGACUGCUACCUGCCGCUUCACGGCGUACGGGUCAAUACGUCGUUUGUCCCACCACACCUGCUCGACGAGCGCGGCAACGUCAAGCAGGACCAGAGCCUGCGUGUCACCGGCACGCGCAACGUGUGGGCGCUCGGCGACGUGGGCGACACCGAUGCCAAGCAGCUCACGGUAACGGACGCCCAAGUCAUCCACGUGGCGGCGGCCCUGGACGCAACGCUGACGGGAUCCGGGCCGGCGGCGACAUACUCGCCACAGGGCAAGACCAUGCUCUUCUUGGCGCUGGGCAGAAAGUUUGCAACGGGCCAGAUUGGCGGGUGGAGGCUCUGGCGAUUCCUGGUUGCCUGGGUCAAAGGCAGGAAGCUGUUUGUGGACACUGCCGAGGCGUACGUCGGGGGGACGCGGCUGAGGCACGCGGCCAUGUAG